UUGAACCAUCAAAUUGGGUACAAAUUUUUGGGUCAUGCUCCUUUUUCUUAUAAAACCUACACUACCCUUCUACAUCUUAUCAGCAGCAUCACAUAAACCCUAUUAGCAGAUAUGGCGACUGGUGUUCUCACUCGAUCUCUGUGCACCGCCGGAAAGCUGCAGGCCAUCGGUACAGCGUUCACUCGAUCCUUCUCUUCUCUUCCUCCGUGCCGCCAUUUCUUCUCUUCAUCCUCCCUCCUCCGCCUCCGACCACUGGUUACAGUGACCCCCGGCAUCGGACACCUUUAUCCGGGUGCUGCGGCGCUGCGAGGGUUCGCGACUCGUCAGACCUAUUCAUCCCUCAACGAUACCAACCCUAACUUUUCAAACCGCCCCCCAAAAGAGACAAUUUUGCUCGAUGGAUGCGAUUUCGAGCAUUUUCUUGUUGUGUUGGAGAAGCCCGAGGGCGAUCCAACAAGGGAUGAGAUAAUUGACAGCUAUAUCAAAGUUCUAGCUCAGGUCGUUGGGAGUGAGGAAGAGGCGAGGAUGAAGAUCUAUUCUGUUUCAACAAGACACUAUUAUGCAUUUGGGGCUCUUGUGUCAGAAGAAGUCUCAUACAAAAUAAAAGAGUUAGAUAAAGUCAGAUGGGUGCUUCCAGAUUCCUACUUGGAUGUUAGAAAUAAGGAUUAUGGAGGGGAGCCUUUUAUUGAUGGGCAGGCAGUGCCAUAUGAUCCCAAAUAUCAUGAGGAGUGGGUAAGGAACAAUGCACGGGCCAACGAAAGGAACAAGCGCAGUGACAGGCCUCGUAACUUUGACAGAUCAAGGAACUUUGACAGAAGGCAAAUGGCUAAUCCAAAUGCUCAGAAUCCUGGUCCUGGGCAGAACUAUCGACCUUCUGCUGGGCCAACACAACAUGGCAGCCCCUCUGGUCCAAACCAAAGCAACAAUGCUCCCAUGCCAAACCAGAACAGUAAUGCCCCAUGGCCCCCAACCCAAAAAAACUCCCCUCCUGGUCCUCCUCAGAAUAACUACUCCCCUUCUGGCCCUACCCAAAAUAACUACUCCCCUCCCGCCCCCAGCCAGAAUAAUCACUCUCCCUCUUCACAUGGCCAAAACUUCCCUCCUGUCACUGGCCAAGGCUACUCGACACCAGGUCACAUGCAGAAUUACCCUCCCGGCCCUGGGCAGAACUAUCCUCCUAGGCAGAGUUAUGCACCUCCUUCUCCUGGGCAGAGCUAUGCACCCUCUUCUCCUGGGCAUAGCUAUGCACCUCCUGUGCAAAGCUACUCGCCCCCUCCCGGUCCUGGGCAUAACAUGUAUCCUCCUGGGCCAAACCAAAACUAUGCUCCAGCUCCUAACCGGAACCAGACUUUCACUCCAGGGCCUAACGAGAACAACUAUGUUCCAAAUAUGGACGGGAGAAAUGCCUACUAGAGAACUUGGCUUCUCCCGACUAUUUAUCAGGCAGUCUGCUGUUGUGUAGAAAAACUUCUAGAGUUUUCUAGAACUUCCUAGGAAUGUUGUUUGGUGUCUUGCGAUUAAUUGAUUUUGAAACGAGAACAUUUCAUGGUCCAUGUCAAGACAGUGUGCUAGAGCAGCUAUUUUAAAUUCACAUUUUGCUUUGUGAGCAGGUGUUGGUAUCCUACUGUGAAACACGAACUUCAUAAGUUCUCAAUAAUCCUUACAAGUAUAU